AUGCAUGAAGCUGACUUCAUUGGCCGUAGGGGGGGAUGGUUCGUGCUGGAGCCAUGGAUAACACCGAGCCUCUUCGAGAGCUUCAACAACACCAACAUCGUAGAUGAAUACACCCUAGGACAAAAUCUAGACCAUGACACGGCAUUAGCUAUGCUACAGGAUCAUUGGACUACUUGGAUAACAGAAGAUGACUUCCAAGCUAUCAAGGCUGCAGGACUGAAUCAUGUCCGAAUGCAAGUCGGCUACUGGUCCGUCCCAUUGACAUCCUCAGACACGAACUACACCACGGACGUCAGCCCUUACAUACCUGGAGCCUGGCCCUAUCUGGUGCAGGCUCUGAACUGGGCGAAACAGAACGGCCUGCACGUCAUACUCGAUCUGCACGGCGCUCCAGGCUCGCAGAACGGAUACGACAAUUCCGGGCAGCGCACGAAUAACCCAAUGUGGGGAAGUGACCCUGACAACGUUCCGAGGACGCUCGACAUCAUCAAGUUCAUUGCGGAGCAGCUGGGCGGCAUGAUCGACGUUCUCGAGCUCUUGAACGAGCCUGUCGGGUUCGAAUCGUCUAUUGGAAACGUCAUUGGGAAUUACUGGAAGCAGGGGUACCAGGUUGUCAGAGGUGCGGUGGGUGGUGGGCUUCAGGUCAUGAUUAUGGAUGCGUUCCUGGGAGUCGAUAGCUGGGAAAACUUCUUAACAUAUCCGUCCGCGGAAGGCGUGAUCAUGGAUACGCACGAGUACCAAGUUUUCAACUACGACCAGCUCGAGCUAUCUUUUUCUGGGCACAUCAACGACUCCUGCCAAGUCCUGACUCAGUUGCAGUCAUAUGCCGACUCGAACAUCUUCACGAUCAUCGGCGAGUGGACAACCGCUCCCACCGACUGUGCGAUGUGGCUGAACGGGCGCGGCGUCGGGGCUCGGUGGGACGGUACGUGGCAGUCCGGCCAGCCGACGUUUGGGAGCUGUGAUGGCUGGACGGGAGACAUGAGCACGUUCAGCGACGAUUACAAGACUUUCAUGCGGCAGUACUAUGAGACCCAGGUCGCCAUAGGAGAGGCCGUCCAGGGCUGGGUGUACUGGACGUGGAAGGUCGAGGACGCGGACGACUGGAGCUACCAGCGGGGCUUGCAAGGGGGCUGGAUACCCCAGGACCCAACGGACAGACUGUACCCGGACAUUUGCUCUUCUGGCUAG